CCCAUUUCCCAUAAUAAUGACUACCAUCCAAACGCUGCCUCUCCGCCCCUUCGCUCCUCUCAAAACCCCAUCCAAACCCCUCCUCCCAAAACCGUCCCUUUUCAAAAUCACCGCCCGAGCCAACCCGCCCAUCUCCGGCCGCAAGCUCCGGGCAGCCGUGGUAGGCGGUGGCCCCGCCGGCUCCUCGGCCGCCGAGGUCCUGGCACGCGGCGGCGUCGAGACGUUCCUCUUCGAGCGCAGCCCCGACGCUGCCAAGCCCUGCGGCGGCGCCAUCCCGCUCUGCAUGCUGGAUGAGUUCUCCAUCCCGCCGGAGCUCAUCGACCGGAAAGUCACCCACGUGAAGAUCAUCUCCCCCUCCAACCUCACCGUCGACUUCGGCAAAACCCAAAAGCCCCACGAGUUCAUCUCCAUGCUCCGCCGCGAGGUGCUCGACUCAUUCCUCCGCUCGCGCGCCGAGUCCACCGGUGCCACCCUCGUCAAAUCCCUCGUCACGAACGUCGAGCUCCCCUCCUCACCCGGCGCGCCGUACGUCGUCAACUACGCCAUCGACGGCUCGCGCCGGACGCUAGCCGUCGACGUCGUCGUCGGCGCCGACGGAGCGAACAGCCGAGUGGCGAAGUCGAUAAACGCCGGGGAUUACUCCUGCGCCAUCGCCUUCCAGGAGCGGAUAAAGCUGCCGGACUACAGAAUGGGGUACUAUCAAAACCUAGCGGAGAUGUACUUCGGGAACGACGUCUCCCCGGACUUCUACGCCUGGGUUUUCCCCAAAUGUGACCACGUGGCGGUUGGAACCGGCACGAUCUGCUCGAAGAAGAACAUCAAGCUGUACCAACACGGCAUCCGAUCGAGAGUGAUGCCGAAGAUCGAGGGCGGGAAGGUGAUCAAGGUCGAAGCCCAUCCAAUCCCGGAGCACCCGCGGCCGAUUAGGGUUCGAGGUCGGGUGGCCCUGGUGGGGGACGCGGCGGGAUACGUGACGAAGUGCUCCGGGGAGGGGAUAUACUUUGCGGCGAAGAGCGGGCGGAUGUGCGGCGAGGGGAUCGUGAGGGCGUCGGAGGGCGGGGAGAGGAUGAUCGAAGAGGAGGAUUUGAGGAGGGAAUACCUGAAGGAGUGGGACAAGAAGUAUAUCGGGACGUUUAGGUUCUUGGAUGUGUUGCAGGGGGUGUUCUAUGGAAGCAACGCCGGGAGGGAGGCGCUGGUGGAGCUCUGCGGGGACGAGUAUGUGCAGAGGAUGACAUUCGAAAGCUACCUGUACAAGAAGCUGGCGGAUGGGAAUCGGUGGGAGGAUGCUAGGAUGGUGACGAACACCAUUGGGAGCUUCAUCAGGUGCAAGCUCCUUGCCAAAUGAACUCCCCCUUGUUUUAUGCUAGGAUGGUGACGAACACCAUUGGGAGCUUCAUCGGGUGCAAGCUCCUUGCCAAAUGAACUCCCCCUUGUUUUCUUCUUCUUCUUCUUCUUCUUCUUCUUCUUCCUCCUUAAAUAAAAUUAAAGAAAAAAAAAAAAGGCGGCUUCCAAGUACAAAAUUAGAAAAUAAUAAAAUAAAAAAUAACAGCCUCAAAUGGAGCUGCGGACAACAAAGGUUCCAAUCGUCGGAACCAUCGUCGACCGAAUAAACUCCAUCCGUCGACGACGAUUUCAGCAAACCGAAACCUUAACUAGCCCAAGUCGGAUGAGAGAGAGAGCAUAGUAACAAUGAUAUGAUAAUGGCAGUCAACAACGAAGAGGAUCUUCAUGCCUCAAGAGAGACUGAUGGGAGAGCAAGAGAGAGAAGAUCAAAGAACAGACGAGACAAAUUGGGGUGAAAGGUAUUCUCCGUGCUUGGUGGGGGAUAGAGGUGGCAAUCGUUGGUGUCCUUUUUAUUUUUUAUUUUAUUUAAAUUUGCCCUUAAUUUAAUUAAUAUAAUUUACUUUAAUUGGGGUACAAGUGAUGG